AUGGUCUUUCCGUUCAUGCCGUAUGAUCUCAACCAACUUCUUCAGCGCCAGCAGUUGUCACAGUCUCAAGGCAAGGCGUGCCUUAGAGAUCUUUUUACAGCACUAGAACAUGUGCACUCGCAGGGCAUCAUUCACCGAGAUGUCAAGCCUUCGAAUAUUCUUCUGAACUCGUCCUCAGGUCCUGCAUACCUGGCGGACUUUGGCAUCGCGUGGUCAGGCGAUGACCCCGACUCAGAGCCCGCAGACCAAAAGAUCACGGACGUAGGCACGACAUGUUACAGGCCACCUGAGUUGCUGUUCGGCAACACAAGAUAUGGCACUGCCUUAGACCUUUGGGCCGCCGGAUGCGUCGCUGCUGAGGUGACAGGUCUGGGCAAACGCACGCUAUUUGAUGCUGGCGACCUCGGAAGCGAACUGGCGCUCGUCCAGAGCAUCUUCAAGAGCUUGGGUACUCCCAAUCUUGAAGUGUGGCCGGAAGCAGCGCGGUUUCCGGACUGGGGCAAGAUGCAGUUCUACGAGUAUCCUCCCAAGCCGUGGUCAGAACUUCUUCCGAACGCCUCUGAGAGUGCGAGGGACCUGGUGAGCAAGCUCGUGCAGUACGAGAGCGGUAGACGCAUGUCUGCAGCAGAGGCCCUUGCCCAUCCUUAUCUCCUUGACUGCGAGGAAAAACAGCGAUGA